AUGGAACAGUAUCCACGUUAUCAACUGGACCAUAAAUUCAGUGGAUGCCACUAUGUGUUCAGCAAUGAGUACCAGAUCAUCCGAGAGUGGCUGCUGCCCACCCCCCUGUUAUUUCUAGCUGUGGUGGUCUUUGGAAGCAUGUGCUUUUCAAGGGAUUGGCUGAUGUACCCAAAUUUCAACUACAUUUCUUGGUCAUAUGGAUUUGCUGUUAUUGCCAUGUUUUCUCAUGCUGCUGCCGGAGCCCUUCUCCUCCUUAAUUUCACAGCCUCCUUCACUCUCUGUAUAGGAAGCAGCAGAAGCAAAAAGAAGAAGAGCCAAGAGCAACAACCAGCUGCUGAUGACUGUUGGUCAUUCCUCAAAUGGAGCUGGAUUUAUUUGAAUCUCAUGAUUCUGCCCUUGUUCAAGAAUCUCCCAGUCGCUUCCAUGCUGUUAUCCAAUGCACAAUUGAAGAAUGGCCCCGAGUUUAUUUCGGAUUACUAA